AUGACGGAUGCAAACUCCGCACACUACCAGGGAUCAAACAUCUAUGAGAUCUAUCCACCCCCCGAUAAAUUUCCUUCCAACGUCCAUGGAAAACGCCUGUUCAUAUACGGCUACUCGCAACCCCUGACCUGGAGUUCAAAUCCGACUCUGAGGAGAUCGAAAUUUGAGUCUACGGGGAACCAGAGUCUCGCAAUAAACAAUGGUGCAUGUAUCAAAGUCCCUUCUCAGGGCGCGCUCCACUGUUCACCACACGCCGAACAAAUCGAAACGGAAUCCGAAGAGCGACAAGAAUUUCAAAAAUUCGUUCGACUGAUUGAUUUUCAUCUUGUAGAUCCUCUGGAUGAUACCGUGACCGAACUGAUCUUGAGCGAAAAAUCGAAUGCAACCGAACCUGUCCGUCUGCAUGGUCAACUAGAAGAUCGCAAUAGGUAUACAAAUCCGUUGGAAACCUACGGUCCUAUACCCUGGAAGACCCCUUGA